AUGAAGUCCCUACUGUUCACUCUUGGAAGCUUCAUGCUCCUGGCCCAAUUGGUUUCAGGUAGUUGGUAUGUGAGAAAAUGUGCAAACAGAACUGGAAAUUGCAGGUCGAUGUGCAGAGUGGGAGAGACGGUGACACAGCCUCCUACUGGGAUGUGCCCCAAAGAAAAACUGUGCUGCAUCCUAUCUAGCCAAGAUUUUAAUCAUGCUGUCUGUGUGGAAACCUCAAAGACGACAACCGUGACACAUACUUCAGAAACUCGAAUGAGGUCUUUAAAUGAACAUUCCUGCCUGUCUCCUGACCUGGGAUCCUUGCUUCAUAAAUCAAAGGGCUUUAUUCUGGUGUCACUCUUCUUGCUAUACCCCUUUCUCUCAUGCCUCCACGUAAAAAUGUCUGGAAGGGCAUCACAUUUCCUUAGCACCAGCAGUGCCAGGGGAGGAAUGCAAAUAAGGUAG